CACGAUGUCACGAAAACCAGAGGCAGUACAGCUCGAGGCAAUGGAAAAACAGAUGGAACUGCUCAGAACACAGAUGGCCAGAGAUGAGGCAACUCACAAACAAGAGAUGGAAAGGCUACAAAAACAAGAAGAAGCCAAAAAUGCAGCCCACCGCCGAGACAUGGAAAAACAACAAAAAGAGAUGGAACUCCAGAGGGAAGCCCACCGACAGGCCAUGGAAUUAGAAAAGGCUAAGCAAAACACAGCCAACCCUAACAACCCUGCACCAAUUAUCGUUCCACAGCACAGGAAAUUUCCCACCUACAAGGCAGGUGAUAACACCGAGGCCUUCUUGGAAAAUUUUGAAAGAGCCUGUCUUGGGUACAGCAUCCCUGAAGACCAGUACAUGGUAGAAUUGAGGCCACAGCUCAGAGGACCUUUAGCAGAGGUGGCAGCUGAAAUGCCUAAAGAGAACAUGAACGACUAUAAACUUUUUCAAACCAAGGCCAGAUACAGAAUGGGGAUAACCCCAGAUCAUGCCCGUCGGCGUUUCAGAACCCAAAAGUGGAAACCAGAUGUGUCAUUUCCCAAACACGCCUACUACGUUGAGAAAAAUUAUGAGGCCUGGAUAUCAGGACACAAUGUUAAAACCUUGGAAGAACUGCACCUCCUCAUACAAAUGGAGCAGUUCUUGGAUGGUGUUCCUGAGGACAUAACACGGUACAUACAAGAUGGAAAACCCAAAAAUCUCGCUGAGGCGGGGGAGAUUGGAGCCAGAUGGAUGGAAGUGGCAGAAAGCAAGAAAGCUACUGUCAAGGGGAACAAAUACCCCAGGGGGCACACCGACCAUAAACCCUACAACCGAGGACAGCCAAAGACCCCACAUACCACCCAAGUAAAGCCACAGACACCCUAUUCUUCCACCUCGCCAGUCUCCAGUAACUCACCUCGGCCCAGUGACCCAUCAGAUGGAAGAUGCUUUAAGUGUAAUGAACUGGGACAUAUCAAGGCCAACUGUCCAAAGAACACCAUGCGAGUGCAAUUCAUUACACCACCAUCACACCAAAGAUCCCCAGGCCCAGAUGCCUCUCAAAUACCCUUGGAGUGAAGGGAAAAUUUGAGAGUGGGCGGAAAGAAGGUUACUGCGUGGAGAGACACG